GGUGGCGAAAGUGGCAAAGCAGCCUUCGCUUUCCCACCACGCCAAGCCCCACCUCAAGGCUUUCAAGCUCUGGUGCCUCAAAAAAUGUUCGCGCUUGCACUCUAGUACUGAGCCGUCGUACUCUCCUUCUCAGCCCAAUCGUGGUUGCCAGGAGGCGUUGUAUGGCAGGAGGAUUGUGUAUCUUCGAGUGAAGAAGUGUUGUGGUGUCUGUUUUAGUCUACCGAUUAGCAGCGGUAGCAUACUCUUAGCGGUGAAGGACGUUGGUGCAUCUGAUCGUCUUCUUCCCUCAUGGCAGACGUUGAAGCCUUACAGACAUUUUCUUUGUUCUUGAAGCUUUGUGGUAUGUUAAAGCAUAGUACUAAAUUGUAGCAAUCGAGUAACCCGUGAUGACUAGAGGGGAUACGCCGGCGCUCAGUAGUGUACAGAUUUGAUCCCGUGGAGUUUCGGAGGUGGCAUGCUUGGGACUUGCGGCUUACAGGGUAGUCGGAGUUACCGCUUCUGUAGUGUGUUGGGAUAGUUCCAGAUUUCCUACAGUAUGUACACAAUCUGUUCUGAAUAUUUGGGUCCAGGAGGAAUUUUGUACGUGUACGUUCUGUCUUUGGAGCUCGAGUGCUAGUGCCUUCAGAAAGGCAGACUGAGAGCGGAAGGCGAUGUUAUCCAUAGUUGAUGAGCAAAUGAAUACUCCUUCACAUUGUACAGUAACUUAGUAGCUCACUCUGGUGGUAUCAACCAUCGCGUCGCUCUCAAGCCUCGCAAGUACUUGAUAUGAGAGAGAUAGAUAGUGAGAGAGAUUCCCUUUCUUAUCGUCCUUAUGCUUUCUUUGCUGUAUUUUUGACAGCAAUCAGGCUGAUCAUUGAUUACUUUCAUGCACCCUUCUCAGUUAAACGUUUAUAUAAUCGCGCCUAUCUUUGCUCUCAGAGAUGUCCAACUUCUGCUUGGCUCAGGCAUGUGGGUAGCACACCUGAAGCAGUGCAGAGCUGCAGUUGAAGGACUCAGGAUUGGUGUAUCCGAGGACCAGUUCAGGUUGUAGUAUCAGCAACGAGUGCAACGCAGAAGCUUGCGUGGAUGCGUGACGGCGACUUGGACGCUACAAUCUGGAAGAACUUGCCAGAAGAGGUGCUGGAGCGCAUUUUUGCCCUACUCCCUUUCCCAAACCUAUUCCGCUGCGCUACAAUUUGCAAAAAAUGGCGCAUGAUUGCUCAGAGCCCUCUCCUCCGCCUCACACGAGCCUCCUCCAUCGUCACUCCGUGGCCAUCGUACUGCCUCGUCCGCUACAGCCAGCGUGAGAGCGGCGCCCUACACUGGUCCGGUUUUUGUACAGAUACCAACAAAUGGCAAGACAUGCCCCGCAUCUCCAUUCCCACCUGUCCUGGCAAGUGCGUUAUAACGGGCUCAGGAGGUCUGCUCGCAAUUUACAAACCAGGGACUGUUCUAGUGUGCAAUCCUAUCACGGGACAGCAACGAGAAUUGCCGCGAACAAAUCAGAAAUGGUCGUGGCCGAAUGUCUUGCACAUGGUCACGGACGAUGUCCAGGGUUCCUACACGAUCAUUCUAGCGGGGACCGAGGCAUACUCCAUCAGAAAACUCCAAGCCACGGAAGUAUACGACUCCGUUACGAACAAGUGGGUCGUCACAGGGAGCCUCCCCGCAGGAAUGCGCCUCGACACACAAGACGCUGCGCUUGACAACGGCCUCCUCUACUGCACCGCGCAGAAGGUUUACGUGCAGGCGGAGGAUAACCUCGUGGGUACUGACGCGCUCGUAGCGUUUGAUAUCCAUCGCGGCGUGUGGUCAGAAGUUGCGAACGAAUUCCCGGACGAUAGCGCGCGCCAGACACCGCUCGUCUGCGGGGGGCGGAUCGUCAUGGCAGUGGCACCUGUCGAUGAUGAUGGGCCCGUGGGUUGCUUCUACGCGCUCAACGCCGUCACCAAGCACUGGGAGCUCAUUGCGUCCAUGCCUGAGGUCAUGCACCGGCGAGUCCGACCGUGGGGCGCAUGCGCAGUGAGUGGGAAUGAUAUCGUUGUGGUGAGUGAUUCGGCACAAGGGUGUGUUGUAUCGUAUGACAUGGCAUGGGGCACUUGGUGCGAGCGAAAGGCACCGAUCAAGUUUACUAAGUCGAACAGACCGUCCGCCAAGGAAGUCCGACUCUUGGCUACCGUUUCCUUCCGUCCGGACGCGAACGCUACUCCAUGAUCGACGCAAUCGUGGUGACAGAGCUUCGACAAACGAUAUGAAGGGCUAGCGCAAUCCCGAUUGAUUGCUGACUGUAUUGUUGCUCCGCCCACUCGAUUUUUUGCCUCUUCAGUUGGAUUCAUUUCCUAUUUUCAGUUCGACAUUGAAAUUCUGAGAGACUUGCCGCCGUGAAUUAUCUUGUACACUACAGAAGUCGGGAGAUCAUUUACAUUAUAGCUGUACUUUUAGAUGUGGGUGUAGUCCCUGAGUUGCGGGCACCCUUCAGAGUUUUCCAACUGACCGCUUGGCGGAGACGUUCUUAGUUAAGAGAGAUGGAGAGUUGUAUCAGUUCGAACUCGGUCUAGGCCGGGGAUGUGCAGAGAGGCGUUGUUGUGCAGACCUGUAAGAAUAGAAAUAGAAGUAGACUUGUACUAAAAUUUUGUCCCAAUGUUACAAGGUCUGUACGUCGAGUGCGUGUGGGUAAAGUUUCUCUGGUUCUAAUGCCGAAUGAGGCUCAUCACUGAGCCAUCGUGCUACAGCACGAUACUUAAUACGUGUUGAUUGUGGCAACUCCGUUCAAAGUGCAGAGCACUUGUUCAACUCGGAGGUGCUCGUCCAGAAUGUGAGAAAGGGAAUGAAAUCUAUCUGAUUUUGACGUA